CCGAUUUAAAUCUGAAAUACUACUCUUAAACUGGUUUAAUUUGAACCGUGUGCAGCCAAAGUGGGUUCAAUAAUGUAAUUACAUUUUUGCCAAAAAAAAAAGGGGCAAAACGUUUAUGGUUAAAAGAAUGGGGUACCAUCGUUUUCGCUUCAGCUAACAUAACAGAGGGAUGUAUAUACAGUCCACAGAGAAAGAGAGAGAAGAGAAGAAGAAGAAGGUGGUGGUGGGAGGACGAAGAAUAACGCGCAACACAGUCAUUCUUCUCCAUACUCAAGCAUCGUGUAAAACUCUGUUGGAAUAUGAGAUAAGUUGUAAAAGCUGAAAGGUUCACAGGAAAUUUGUUCAUCUUGGAUGUCCAUAUAUAUUUCAGCAGCAGCCUAACAUUUUCAACAUUAUGAACAUUAGAUGGCCGAGGCUUCUGACGCCCACAUACCUCUCUCAGCUCUUAUGGAACCAAAAAAACCCGUUAACAGCUCUUCAAAUCUUUAAUGAAGCAACAUCCAAAUACCCCAACUACCGUCACAACGGUCCUGUCUAUGCCACCAUGAUCAACAUCCUUGGAAGCUCAGGUAGAUUGACUGAGAUGAAAGAAGUGAUUGAUCAGAUGACAGACGACUCCUGCGAGUGCAGAGAUUCUGCCUUUGAGAGUGCAAUUAAGGCCUAUGCAAAAGCUGGAUUGCUGGAUGAAGCCACCUCUCUAUUUAAAAGCAUUCCCCGAUUCAACUGUGUAAAUUGGACAAAAUCAUUGAAUACUCUUUUGGAGAUAAUGUUGAAAGAAUCUAAAUUAGAUUCUGUUCAUUGUCUUUUCUUAGAGAAUUCUUAUGGGUGGGAAGUGAAGUCACGGACUCGUUCCUUGAAUUUGGUCAUGGAUGCUCUCUGUCAGAAUACUCGUUCUGAUCUUGCUUUGCAGGUCUUCCAAGAAAUGAAUAGUCAGUGCUGUAAUCCAGAUACGGAAACUUAUCGGAUUCUUAUGAAUGGUUUGUGUAAAGAAGGAAGACUAGAUGAAGCCACUCAUUUGUUGUACGCUAUGUUCUGGAGGAUCUCUCAGAAGGGUAGUGCUGAUGAUGUGGUUAUCUAUAGAACCCUAUUAGAUGCUUUAUGUGAUAAUGGGCAUGUGCAAGAGGCUGUGGUAAUUCUUGACAAGGUCUUGAGGAAAGGGCUGAAAGCUCCUAAACAACGCCGCAAGCAGUUUGAUCUUAAUCUGUUUCGUGAUUGUGUGGAGUCUGUAGACAUACAACAGGCUAAGGUUUUAAUCAAUGAAACUUUGAUGAAAUGUAUGGUUCCAAGUGUGGAUAGUUACGGUGCAAUGGCAGUUGAUCUUUACUCUGAAGGUAACAUUGAUGAGGCUAACAAAGUGCUCAAUCAUAUGCGUGGUAGAGGAUUUGGACCAUCGCUUUUGAUUUACGAAGCUAAGAUGGCUGCAUUGUGUAGGGAAGGUAAGGUGGUUGAAGCAAUAGAGGUGAUAGAACGGGAGAUGGAGGGGAAUCAUGUGCCAACUGUGAAAUCGUAUAAUACUGUAAUAAAAGGUCUUUGUGAUGCAAGGAGAUCCACUUUGGCUGUAGGGUUUUUGGAGAGGAUGAGCAAGCAGGUGGGUUGUGUUCCUGACAAGGAGACUUAUAGCAGUUUAGUGAAUGGUCUAUGUCAAGAUGGUAAAUUUGUUGAAGCAAGCCAGGUUUUGGAGGGGAUGUUAAUUAGAAAAUAUUGGCCCAAUGUUGACACAUUCAAUGCACUUAUCAGUGGUCUCUGCUCUACAGGGAGACAAUAUGAAGCAGUUAUGUGGUUAGAGGAGAUGGUCAGCCAGGGUAAGAUGCCACAACUAUCUGUGUGGGAUUCUUUGGUGUCUUCUUUCUGUUCUAGCAUGGCUGUUACUGAUGUUCUCCCUCAGAUUCUUAAGCAACUAACAAGAUCUUCUUGAUGGGUUCUUGUGUAGCAUUUUGAUAUUAAACAUUUUUCUGUAUCUCAGUUUUGCUUAUGAAUUUUUUUUCAUCUUCAUUGUAAUUAUGUGUAAUUGUGUAUUGUACUAGUUGACUUAUAGUUGUACUACAGUAUUAGUUAAGAGUUUGAUUCUAUGGUUUCCCAAAAAGGGUGUCAGCAA